AAUACCCCCUACUGGUAUGAGUUAUGACCAUUUAGCAGCAGUAUCACUUAAAACCUUACUCGUAUAUAUUCUUCCCCGAUGAACAAGCAUCCCCUCUCCUCAGCCCAUCUCUAACAAGUUGAGAGAAAUUGAAGAGAUGGGUCAGGGGUUGAGUUGCAGGCCCCGAAAUGAGCAGGCCCUUUUCGUUGCGCUUCAAUUUGGUGAUGUUGAGACUGUGAGGGCUUUGCUGGACAAAGAUCCUGCUGCUCGCCUUAAUCACACUACCACUCUUUAUGAUCGUCAGUCUCCUCUUCAUAUCGCUGCUGCUAAUGGCCAGAUCCAGAUUCUUUCUUUGCUUUUGGAUCGUUGUGUUAAUCCUGAUGUGGUCAAUCGGCACAAGCAGACUCCAUUAAUGUUGGCUGCAAUGCAUGGGAAUCUUUCUUGUGUGGAAAUGCUUAUUCAAGCUGGUGCUAAUAUUUUGAAGUUUGAUUCUCUCAAUGGGAGAACUUGCUUGCACUAUGCCGCUUACUAUGGUCAUUCCGACUCCCUUCAAGCCAUUCUAUCUGUUGCCAGGACCUCUCAUGUUGCUACCUCUUGGGGAUUUGCCCGGUUUGUAAAUAUUAGGGAUGGAAAGGGGGCAACCCCUUUGCAUUUAGCAGCACAUCAAAAGCAUCCUGAUUGUGUGCAUACACUGUUAGAUAAUGGAGCCCUGGUUUGUGCCUCUACGGGUGGAUAUAGCUUCCCUGGUAGUACUCCCCUUCAUUUAGCAGCAAGAGGGGGUUCCGUGGACUGCAUACGCAAACUUUUAGCUUGGGGUGCAGAUCGGCAUCAAAGAGAUUCAUCAGGGAGAAUACCAUAUAUAAUUGCAUUAAAGUACAAGCACGGAGCAUGUGCUGCCCUGCUGAAUCCUUCUUCUGCUGAGCCUCUGGUGUGGCCAUCACCAUUAAAAUUCAUUGCUGAGCUUAAUCAGGAGGCUAAGGCUUUAUUAGAACAGGCCUUAAUGGAGGCUAAUAGGGAGAGGGAAAGGAACAUUUUGAAGGGCACGGCAUAUUCCGUGCCAUCCCCAUCACAUUCUGAUGUGGAGAUUGAUGAUAAUAUGUCGGAGUGAGAAGUGCUCUGCUGCAGACCAGUGACGCUGAGCUAUGUUGCAUAUGUUUUGAUCAAGUCUGCACAAUUGAAGUUCAAGACUGUGGUCACCAAAUGUGCGCGCAAUGUACACUAGCCUUGUGCUGCCACAAUAAGCCCAACCCUACAACUGCUUGUCACAGUGCUCCAGUAUGCCCAUUUUGCAGAAGCAACAUUGCACAAUUGGUAGUAGCUAACGUCAAAGUUGACACAGAUACUGAUCCCAAGGACCUUGCAUUCUCAAAUUCAAGAAAAUCUAGAAGGUUUCGUAACUACAGUGAGGGUAGUAGCAGUUACAAGAGCUUAUCAACCGUCGGGUCAUUUGGCAGGAUGAGUGCCCUUGGGUCGGGAAGAGUAGCUGCUGAUAAUGAAUGGCUCGACAAACCUUGACCUGAUGCCAGAAUGUCGAUUAUCGAUUUGAUCAAGGCUUCAGGUUUACACUUCCAAAAGGUAUGUAAAGAUGAAUCGCUUCUCCGUUUUGAAAAAUAAGCAAAAAGUAAAUUUGCAGGUUUCGGGUUGGUAAUUGUUGUAUGAUGGUAACAUUGUUGUAAUCUUGUAUUACUUGAGCUUAAAGAAGCAAUUUAGUGCUUCAAGGUUUGGUUAGUUAGAGUGGAUACAAAUAUCAAAGGCUCUGCUUGUAAAAGUAAAAUGGUCAAUCAUUUAUCAAUAUCUGCUGCCUAGACUCUUGUAGUAA